CGGGGAUGGGGGUGCGAUCAAACGCCUGCCCUGUGCGCUCUCCCGGUUCAGUUCCACAGGUCGGGAGCCCGGGAGCCCCCGCGCCCGGAGGCGUGAUGCCGAUCCGAGAGCUGCUGCUGCUGCUCCGCUGCUGCUGGCCUUCCCUGCUGCUGCACUGUGCCCUCCACCCGCUCUGGGGCUUUGUCCAGAUCAUUCAAGGUGAACCCCAGAAGUCCUGUUCCAAUUCUGUAGCAGAAAAGGUUACGGAGAGUUGCCAGCAAAUCUGUCAGUGUAGACCACCUCCUCCGUUACCACCUCCUCCACCACCUCCACCACCCCCUAGGUUGCUUGUGCUCCCAACUCCCAAGCCUACCUUUUGCCCUACUGAAGAGACCUGGUGGCCAGGCCUGGUUAUAAUCAUUGCAGUAUGCUGUGCCACACUAGUGUUCCUCUUUGUAGUUGUCAUCAUUUGCUACAAAGCCAUAAAAAGGAAACCACUGAGAAAAGAAGAGAAUGGAACAAGUCGAGCUGAAUAUGCAAUGACGUCCUCCCAAAGCAACAAAACAGCUGAUAAUGCAGUUGUAUAAUCCCCAGGACCCCGACAGUAUAUGGGAGAUGUUAAACUUUAAAAGCACAUACACAAAGUAUGCAAGGUGGGUGAAAUAAGGAAGUGAAAGGAGCUCUGUGGCCAUGGACUACAUUUCAGGAAUAGUGCACGCAUCAGUUAUUCAGAAAUGAAA